AUGGAGAUUAUAACUAAAGUUGUCAGAGAAGUUUUACUGCAAUUUUUUAUUAUAUUUUUUGUUGAAACAUCAUUUAUUGCAAUAAUUAUUAACAAUACUAUUAAAAAUGAUAAGGAAAUAGAAUUGUUUAAAAUAAUUUACUUUCUUCUCUUUGUGAUUAUAUUACUUAGUAUUGUAAUUGGAUUAUUUGCAUCAAAUAGUCGUAUUAGAGGUAUUGCUAUAUCAAUAACAGGAGGUUUUUUAAUUAUCGAACUAUUGUUAUUUAUUAUAAUUUUAGUGGUUUAUUUUAAAAUAAAAUUUUUUUUUGAAAAUAAAGGAACAGAGCGUUUCAUUGAUGCUUUAACGAAUGUAAUUGAAAUAGAAUGGAGUGUAGAAAACAAAAAUUUCUUAAAAAUAAUGAUUUUAAACAUCUUUUUCUACAAAUUAGGUGUUAUUUCAGAAGUUUGUUCGAGAUAUUCUAAUUAA